GCUUUGCUCUGUUUUUUUGUUAUAAGUCAGAAAUGACAAGAAGGCAGCUUCCCGCAAUAGAAAGUCAAUGGAGAGCAUUGGAUUGCACCCCCCAGUGUGGGCGUGACCUAAAUGCGCUCUGGGGGCGGAGCCGAUGAGAGUCGCUUACGUGGCUAUUUCUUUCCUGGCGCUCUUUCACACUGUUCAGACUCGGUGGAAAACUCCUCCAACACAAUAGAGAGCACAGACCCCAUGAAAGUGAAAGAGCAAAGACAAUAGCUGACUGAAGAGGAGGAGGAACACAGUGACUUCAGAACUCAAAGAUAACCAAACAAAACGCUGCUCACAUUCAGCUGAUUGUUCAGUGAUGGAAAAUUUUAAAGAGCACCAGAAAACACAUAAUGAUGUGAGAGAUCAUGUGUGUUGUGAGUGUGGGAAGAGCUUUACUACAGCUAGCAAUCUGACACUGCACCAAAGAAUUCACACCGGAGAAAAACCUUACAAGUGCUCUUAUUGUGACAAGAGUUUCUCUGUGUCAAGUUCUCUGAAAAUACACGAGCGAAUUCACACUGGAGAGAAACCGUAUCACUGUACUCAGUGUGGAAAGAGUUUCAGAUGUAAAACUGCUCUCAAUGUUCAUCUCCUCGUUCACUCUGCCGUAAAGCCAUUUACAUGUGAUCAGUGUGGUAAUGAUUUUAAAUUAUCAAAACAUCUAAAAAACCACAUGAAAAUUCACACAAAUGUGAGACCGUAUGCAUGUUCAUUUUGUGAAAAGUGCUUUUCUCGGCUGGAUCAUUGUAAACGGCACCAGAAAACACACUACAGUAAGAAAGAUCAUGUGUGUUGUGACUGUGGGAAGAGCUUUACUAGAGCUGAUCAUCUAAAACAGCACCAAAUACUUCACACUGGAGAAAAACCUCACAAGUGCUCAUAUUGUGACAGGAGUUUUAAUCAGUCUGGAAACCUGAAAGCACACGAGCGAGUUCACACUGGAGAGAAACCAUACUACUGCCCUCCCUGUGAGAAGAGCUUCGGAUUUUUAAAAAGCCUUGAAAAACACAUGAAAAUAUGUCCUAAUUUGUCACAGUGAGGUAUAUUUUAAUGUUAGAACAGUGUGAGAUAAACAAAAUAUUGAGUUUCUCUCAAAAGCACAAAAAACAUCUAGUUUAAUUUUGUGAAUUUUGACUUGUUCUUAGUCUGAUUAAGGAACUAUAGAGUGUAGGACGUUAAAGCUAUAAUGAGAGCAGAACUGAGCAAAAGCAGAAGAAAAGCAGCGGGCCCCAAAGGCAACAUGGAUGACCGUGAAUCACAUAUCCUGCCGCCAACAAGUCUGGAGCGAAAUACCGGCUGUCUCCUUCACAGAAGAAGAUUGUUAAAUCUAGGCAGAUAACUCAAGAUUAAUGGUGGAAGAGACGACACAUGUGACUCUCGUGAGGAAAGCCAUGGGUUCCUCCCAAGGACAGAGAACCCAAAACCUUUUGGCCUUCCUCACAGAACAGAACAGAAGCUGCCCUAACAUAUCAAAAAUGCAUAAGAUCAUCCGACUUAUAACCAAACAUCAUUCCACUGCAUAAUGCCAGAUCAUCUGUGUAACCCAAUCAUUUAACUAUCCUGUUUUAAUAACUUGUUGUUCAUGUGCAGUGCUUGAAGUGGGAAAAAAGUGCCAGUACUCCUCCUACCCCCUUUUCAAAAAUAAAAAUAAAAUAGAAAUAA